AUGUCUGAGACACCCCGGGCUAAGACUUUUGUCUUCAUGGACCUGGAAGCCACUGGGCUUCCGAAUGUGGACCCGGAAAUCGCCGAGAUAUCCCUGUUCGCUGUCCACCGCUCCUCCCUGGAGAACUUUGUGCGGGAUGACAAAGGCAUGCCAGUGCUGCCUCGGGUCCUGGACAAGCUCACCCUCUGCAUGAGCCCACAGCGCCCCUUCUCGGCCAAGGCCAGCGAGAUCACAGGCCUGAGCAGCGAGGGCCUGGCGCGAUGCCAGAAGGCCAGCUUCGACGGCGCCGUGGUGCGCACCCUUCAGGCCUUCCUCAGCCGCCAGGAGGGCCCCCUCUGCCUCGUGGCCCACAACGGCUUCGAUUAUGACUUCCCACUGCUGUGCACAGAGCUGCAGCGUCUGGGCGCCCAUCUGCCCCCAGACACCAUCUGCCUGGACACACUGCCGGCACUGCGGGGCCUGGACCGUGCCCACAGCCAUGGCACUCGGGCCCAGGGCCGGAAGGGCUACAGUCUGGGCAGCCUCUUCCACCGCUACUUCCAGCUGGAGCCCAGUGCUGCCCACUCGGCAGAGGGCGAUGUGUACACACUGCUCAUGGUCUUCCUGCACCGCGCGGGGGAGCUCCUGGCCUGGGCAGACGAGCAGCCCCACCACUGGGCCCACAUUGGACCCAUGUAUACCCCUCCUGAGCCCCUGAGUCUGCAUGACUGA